GCUAGUACCAUUGUACUUAAUUCUCUGUAUGAUCCUGGAUUUUCUUUCUACUUUUGCAAUUCACCUAAUCUUCCAACAUUGUUGACACAAAGACAAUGUUGAGGAACAAUCACUUCUGCUGGUUUCUGUCUUAUCAUCUUCUUCUAAUCUUGAUCUUGACUGGCAUUGAAGCUGCUGAAGUAGAUAGAAAAGAAGCAGAUGACCUUUACAUUGUUUUCUUGAAAGAUCAUCCGGUGAACGAAGAAUCGCUAUUUCAGAGACAUAUUAUUGUCCUAUCAUCUUUAAAGGGAAGUGAUGGGGCUGCAACAGAAUCUCAUGUUUAUAGCUAUACAAAAAUCUUCAAUGCAUUUGCAGCAAAGCUAUCUCAACAUGAAGUUCACAUGUUAUCCAGCAUGGAUGAAGUGGUUUCUGUCAUACCAAACAGAUACAGGAAGCUACAUACUACAAGAUCAUGGGAAUUUAUUGGUUUGCCUGCAACUGCAAAAAGAAGAUUGAAAAGGGAGAGCAACAUUAUCGUGGGUGUUUUCGAUACAGGGAUAACUCCUCAAUCAAAAAGCUUUAAGGAUGAUGGUCUUGGUCCUCCUCCAGUAAAAUGGAAAGGAAGUUGUGGCCAUUUUGCAAAUUUUUCUGGAUGCAACAACAAGCUUAUAGGAGCAAGAUACUUCAAGCUGGACAAAGUUCCUGAUCCAAAUGACAUAUUGUCACCAAUUGAUGUGCACGGCCACGGAACACAUACAUCAUCCACCCUAGCGGGAAGUAUGGUGCCUGAUGCAAGCUUGUUUGGUCUUGCCCGAGGGACUGCACGUGGAGCGGUUCCUUCUGCUAGAGUGGCUAUGUACAAAGUCUGUUGGGUGACCUCAGGUUGUGCAGAUAUUGACAUUCUAGCUGCAUUUGAAGCUGCAAUUAGUGAUGGUGUGGACUUAAUAUCCAUCUCAAUUGGUGGUCUCAGUGGUAGUUAUACAACUGAUGUGAUAGCCAUUGGAUCAUUUCAUGCCAUGAGAAAAGGGAUUCUUACUGUGGCUUCUGCUGGAAAUGAUGGACCUAACCUCAACACCGUCGCGAACCAUGCACCAUGGAUGCUAACUGUAGCGGCUAGUGGCAUUGAUAGGGAGUUCAGGAGUAAGGUGGCGUUGGGAAAUGGGAGAAUAGUCUCAGGGAUUGGAGUUAGCGCGUUUGAUCCAAAGAAAAAAUUGUAUCCUCUUACGGCGGGAGUGGAUAUGGCCAAGAGCUCUGACACUCGAGACAGUUCAAGGUACUGUGGUGAAGGAUCAAUGGAUCCUAGAAAGGUAAAGGGAAAGCUUGUUUAUUGCCAGUUGGGUACUUGGGGUGCUGAUUCUGUUAUAAAAGAACUUGGAGGGAUCGGCACUAUCAUUGAAAGCGAUCAGUUUCUUGAUUCUGCCCCAAUUUUCAUGGCUCUUGCAACAAUAGUUAAUUCCAGCAUAGGGAAAAACAUUAAUAACUAUAUGCAUUCAGAGAGAUUACCUUCAGCAGUAAUAUACAAAUCACAGGAAGUUAAGAUCAAAGCUCCAUUUAUUGCAUCAUUUUCAUCAAGAGGUCCAAAUCCAGGAACAAUACGCCUUCUGAAGCCUGAUAUUGCAGCUCCAGGAAUUGACAUUCUGGCUUCUUACACCCCCCUGAAAUCACUCACUGGUUUGAAAGGCGAUACUCAAUAUUCAGAAUUCACCCUCAUGUCUGGCACUUCCAUGUCAUGCCCUCAUGUUGGCGGUGCAGCUGCUUAUGUAAAGUCAUACCAUCCAGAUUGGUCUCCUUCUGCUAUUAAGUCUGCCCUCGUGACUACUGCAAGACCUAUGAGCUCAAAGGUGGACAGGGAAGCAGAGUUCGCGUAUGGUGCUGGACAAGUUAAUCCGACGAAAGCAAGAAGUCCUGGAUUAAUUUAUGACAUGGAUGAUAUGUCAUAUAUCCAGUUCUUAUGCCAUGAAGGUUACAAUUCAUCAUCAGUAUCCAGUUUACUUCGACAACGGGUAAAUUGCUCCACAUUGAUUCCUGCAAAUGGUGAAGAUGCUAUCAACUAUCCCACAAUGCAGCUUGGCCUAAAGAGUAAUCAAGAACCAACCAUUGGCAUUUUCAGGAGGAAAGUUACCAAUGUUGGACAAGCUAUAUCUGUUUAUAAUGCCACUAUCAGAGCUCCUAAGGGAGUGGAUAUCACAGUAAAACCAACGACUCUCUCAUUCACACGUGCAAUGCAGACAAGAAGUUUCAAGGUUGUUGUGAAGGCAAAACCAAUGUCAAAUGCUGUAAUAUUGUCAGGUUCACUCAUUUGGAAGAGCUCCCGCCAUCUUGUAAGAAGUCCUAUUGUCAUAUAUGAUCCAAAGGUUUUUGAUUAAGUGAUUAUGUGAUAGUUUCAAAGGAAAAUGAUACAGUAGAAUGCAAAAGAACAUCAAGAAACACACAUGAUUGUUGACAUUAAUUUCUGUAAAGGUGGGGGCAGGGUAAGUGUGCACAAGAACGAAUUUGAAGAACAGUAGAUGCAACAUGUGUGAAUAAAUCUACAUGUAUAUUCAUUUCACACAAUUACUUUUGUUUUCAUUUCUGCAAA